CCCAUAAAAGCUAAACAAUAGGUUCAAGGACAUUCUAAAUAAGAAGCUAAGUAAACCGAGGUAUUUUAAUGGGAAUGAGGGCCUCUCCCUGUGUCAAGAGACGGAAGAAUAAUGAGUUACAACACUACAGAUAAUAUGCAGCAUGACACAAGGGAAAAGUAUACAUGUGAUUUAUCAUAUGUUCUGCUCAGGGUAUAUAAGCAUCUCUCUACCCAUGCUGACAUUCACACUCAGGAUCUGGACUUGAAUAACAAACCAAACUCAUCACCCCUGACACCAUGAGCUACUACGGCAACUGCUAUGGAGGCCUGGGCUACGGCUGUGGAGGUUUUGGUGGCCUGGGCUUUGGCCGUCGCUGGGGAUGUGGCAGCUUCCACAGACGGGGUUGUGGCUGGGGCUGCGGCUGGGGCUGCAGAGGCUACAGAUAUGGCUGCUGCCACCCAUCUUGCUAUGGAAGAUAUGGAUUCUCUGGCUUCUACUGA